AUGCCACCUGAUUUGCCUCGACCACCCUUACCUACAGGUGGUACGGAUGAAAGCACGGAUAAGAACCAGGACGAGUACCUACCUACCUUUGCACCUGCCAACUGCCAGCAGCAAGGGAGGAGGGAGGAACAGAAGCAAAAGCUGGAGCUGGAGCUGGAGCUGGAGCUGGAGCAGCAGGUCCAAGUCCAGAGCUACCCAGGUUUGGACGUUCUUGCCCUUUUCGUCCCCAGAUCUCUCUUCCUCUCCAGCUUGACGACCCCACACCUUUCCUCCAUGUCGCUGUGA